AUGGAUUCCAAUAAGAAACUGAUAACUCUGAUCAUACUAUCUUUGCUCGUGAGAGUAGCAAUAUCUGGAAAAGCUGGAGUAGUAAUGGGAAGGGAUAUAUACAAAUGGAAUUUUCUACCAAGAAUAUAUGUAUCCAUCACAAACAAUAUCGACAGUGGUUUGAGGCUAUAUUAUAGUUGUUCGUCAAAUUAUUUGCCUUUUCACAGAGAGGCUGCAGCGGGCGAUUGGGCUUGGGUAGCUGAUUUCAGGAAAAGCUUCUGGGGACAAACCCGGUGGGCUUGUACGUUUCAAUUUGGUGGUGAAACGCAUCAUUUUGAUAUUUAUAGAGAUAACAGAGAUAAUGUUAAGAAUUAUCAGUGCCAAUACUGCCGUUGGUCCAUCAGAAGGAGCGGACCUUGUGCUCUCAAUGCACAAACCGGGAAAUAUGAUCUUUGUUAUCCUUGGGAUACAUAA